AAUACUCGUGACACAGAACUCGUGACUUACGUCUUUCAAAGAACAAUCCAUCUCCAUUGCCAACCAAAAUGCCCGCCACAAAACCUCUGUCAACAAAACAUUCCUUGAGGAUCAAAGGUUGAAAGAAGCAAGAUGAGGAUGAUGAUUUCCGGUUACCUCGGACCGUUCAUGGCAGCAUGCGCCCUAUUAUCCGUACUGACCGAAGCAUUCUUGGUUCAUCCAACAAAAUGUCAUCAUCAUGAAGAGACGCGCUUGUUUGCUACCACUACCACCACCACCACCACCACUGAACCAUACAAGGCACCCGCUACCGAAAUUGAGCGCCGUCGAAAUCUUGCCAUCAUUUCCCAUCCAGAUUCUGGAAAAACUACCAUGACGGAAAAAUUGCUUCUCUACGGAGGAGCACUGCAACAAGCGGGAGCUGUCCGACAAAAGGCCGAACAACGGGCCACGCAAUCCGAUUUUAUGGAAAUGGAACAAGAACGUGGAAUAUCCAUCAGUAGUACCGUCAUGAACUUUGAUUACAAUGGACUACGAGUCAAUAUACUCGACACACCUGGGCAUCAGGACUUUUCCGAAGAUACCUACAGAGCCUUGGCGGCGGCCGACAACGCCGUCAUGCUUCUCGAUGCCGCCAAGGGACUGGAACCACAAACGAGGAAACUAUUUGAAGUGUGUCGUCUUCGCAAUCUACCCCUCUUUACAUUUGUCAACAAAAUGGAUCGACCUGCACUCACGCCCUACGAAAUCAUGGACCAGAUUGAAGCAGAAUUUGGAUUGGAAACACAUCCCAUUCUAUGGCCCAUUGGAGAUGGAGAUCGAUUCAAAGGCGUCUUGGACCGAACCACCAAUAUUGUUCAUUUGUACACAAAACCCACACAACGAGGAGGCAAAGCAGAAGUACAAGAAGUGCCGAUGGAAGAUGAAGAUACACUAAAGUCGCUCAUUGACGACCAGGAAUUAUUUGACAAACUACUGGAAGAUCAGGAAUUAUUGCAAGAGCUCAUCCCACCACUCGACAUGGAACGCGUCAUGGCGGCCACUCAAAGUCCCCUCUUUUUUGGAUCGGCCAUGACCAACUUUGGGGUACAGCUCUUUCUCGACAAGUUUUGUGACAUGGGCACCAAACCCAUGGGUAGAUUGGCAGCCGACAAACAAGAAGAUGAGGGAGAAUUUUUGAUUGCACCAGAGCAUCAAGAGUUUACGGGCUUUGUCUUUAAAACUCAAGCCAAUUUGGAUCCGAAACAUCGGGAUCGACUGGCAUAUGUGCGGGUAGUAUCGGGCGUGUACGAAAAGGGAAUGAAAGUUGGACAUUCUCGAUCCAAACCAGCCAAAAAGUACAAUCUAGCGCAAGCACAGGCAUUGUUUGGAUCCGACCGAACUACCGUCGAGCUUGCGUAUCCCGGGGAUGUCAUUGGAAUCAACAAUCCCGGAAACUUUGCCAUUGGAGAUACCCUUUACACGGGCAAUAGCAAGGUAGCCUUUCCUGGUAUCCCCUCUUUCUCACCCGAAAAGUUUGCGUACAUUCGCUCUCCGAAUCCAUCCGACUACAAGUCUUUCCGCAAAGGAAUGGAUCAGCUAUUGGACGAAGGUGCCAUCCAAGCCCUUCGCCAACGCAACGAUGAUGGAGGAGGUCCGCUCAUGCUCGCGGCCGUGGGACAGCUACAAUUCGAAGUAGUCCAAGCUCGACUCAAGAACGAAUACAACGUAGAUUCCUUGAUGGAACCACUCAGUUACACUUUGGCACGGUGGGUCGAUGGCGGUUGGGACGCCGUUGACAAGGCCGACGCCGAUGGCAAACUAUUUGGUAUCAUGGUGGUACAGGAUCGGUGGAAGCGACCCGUGUUGUUGUUCCGAAACGACUGGAAGGCGGCAUCACUGGCCGAAGAGGAGAAAUACCUCGAGUUGAAGCCAUGGUCACAGCCUCCUGACAUGGACGACUAGUCAGAUAGAGAGGUGACUGACUGGCCAACUGAAUCCAUAGAAUCGCUUUAGCUAAGUGACUACUUCUUGGACAAUAUUUCUCCGUCUUCUUUGAGUGCAUUGGUGUACGAGUAGGAUCAUAUUGUCGCCUAUUAAUAGUAGGCUCCGACUCUCAUCGUAUUUCGUUUACGUAGGCCGACGGCUUCAAACCUUAAACAGUACGAUUCGAUUCACAAGCAAUGGAAGACGACUUGUAGCUUCGUCAGAUCAUCUUCAAGCAGCGAGCAAGAUCGCACGCAGCCAACAGUUCAUGAGCGAACAAUCCAAUGAUGCAUGUCACUCGUCUCCCGAUAGAAAUACCUCUAACAGUAUCGCUCUUGCUCAAAACCGCGCCACGUACUACCGGUUAUCAUUACUAGCUAGAGUAGCAUCUCCGCCGGUACCGAUACCGGUAUUAUCGGCUGGAUGAAGGGCAUCUCUGGCACAAGACAAUACCCCAUCAGACGCUUUGAUGCAUCCCUGCUAUCCCCGCCCAUCAACUUUCCUUUGGAGCUUGGAACUUGGGAACUCUUUGAACUUUGAAGCAUUGCGUUGGCACAUACUGGUACCGGUGACCGCAUCAUUUCCCAGCACACGCUUCGUACCACCGCAUCAUUUGCGACACCACGUCAUACUGAUAGGAUUUAAAGGGAUUCGCAUGCUACCCUUUCAGGCUCGCAGCGGAAUUAAGAUUCGGCCUCAUCUUCUAAAUGCGUGUGUGUGCGGAUUUAUCAUUCCGAGAGGCAAUCAAACAAGAUGGUGUGGACGCAUACGUCAGUGACUCCGAGUUGUGAGCUCAUUGGAGGUUA